GCAAGACACCGGGGAAUUUCAAAAACUUCCCCCAAAUCUAUCUCCUGCCUCCGCUCCCCUCUCCUCACUACCGCCGCUCCCGCUCGGACCCGCGUCUAGAAGCUUCUGGAUCCUUCCCCCAGGCGCGGAUGGAGCGGAAGUUCUACGAGAAGUACACCUCCCUCAAGAAGCGGAAGCUGCUGGACGAGGGGUUGGAGCGGAAGCGGGAGGAGGAGCUCAAGGAGCUUUACGAUGCCAUGAAGGAUUGGGUCCGCGGCCUCGAGAAAGAUAAAGAGGAACUCAGUGAGAAGCUGGCGGACAAGGAGGAUGAUCUUGAGAAGGCCCGUCAGGAUUUCCUUGCAGAUAUUCAGACAAGGGACAGUGAAAUUCUGAGGCUUAAGCAGCUCUUGGAUGAGAAGACUGAAAAAAACAAUUCUACUGCUAGGUCUGUGGACCAAACACCUGAAGUUGUCCAUGAAAAUCCAACUCGAAUGUCGCCUAGAAGGAAGACACCACAAUCAAACAUCAGGGCAAAGAGGGUACAGUUGAGUGAAAAUACUGCCAUUCCUCACAGUAGCCUUGAGGAGGAAUCUCAGGAGCUACAAUGCUCUAGAAGAUAUACAUGCAUCUCAGGGAAUGAGACAAACGAAUGUCCCAGCGCUCAUAUGUUUCACUUGCUGCUUCAAUCUUUAGUUCGCAUGAAGGUCACAGUAGAUGAUGGAACAGAAGGAUUUUCGGUUUCAGUCUCUCAUGAGGCUACUGGUUAUAGUUUCACCCUCACAUGGUUAGAGAAACCUGGUGAAUGGUCAUAUAAGCUGUCUUCAUUGGGCACCCUGGAAAGGAUAGCCGUCAAUUGGAUGAAGCAAGACAUAAGAUUCAGCAUGAACAUGUGCCGUCUGUUCUUCGAGCGGAUAUCAAACAUCAUCACUAAAGGGUGACAGCAUGCUCUUCAUUAGAGCUAUACCUACCUCAGCUUGCCUCUGGAUGUGUAAAAUGAAGCUGCUGAACUUGAAGCUGCAAGCCUCCGGAUGUGUAAAAAUGACCUCUGGAUGUAAAAAAAGAAAUAUUGAAGUGCUAUCUUGUGCAGAACUGUUUUGCUGUCUGUCUUUAAUCGAGCUUACAAAUGGUUGAUAGGUCACAGCUGUUGCCAUGGCAUUGCCCUUCAUUGGGUCACCUAAUGUGACCGCCAGUUCAUGGUUCAAGAUGUUAAUCACUUAAUGCACAGACGUGGCUGGAAAUUUCACUUUGGGAUCUCCAUA